AGUCAGUGUGGACAAUACUGAGCUGUGCGUGUUGAACUAGAUGGACUCAGUACAGUAUAAAGCAGUUUCAUAGGUUCCAAAUGAAACUUUCAUCACUAUCCCCGUUGUAGCAGGCUGGGGCUCGGGCAGCAGGGAAGUGUGGCUCACAGCAACCCUGCUGGGCAGCCCAGGUGCACAAACAGGACAGGGUUCUGAUACCUUUAACAGUUAUCUAGAAAAGGGGAUUGCCAUCUUCUACACUGCCCACUUCUAAUAGUGGGGGGAUUAAGAGAACGGUUUACACCAACCUUGCAGCAGAGUUCUCUGCUGUUAUACUCUUGGACAACAAUCCUGUACCCACUUACCUGAGAGUAACAUUCCAUUGAGCUCUGUGGGACUGACUUCUGUGUAGACAUGUAUAGGAUUGUCCCUGUUGCUGCGGGUUGUGAGGGGUCGUGAGGAGUGUACAACAACCUGCGAGUAGUCUAACAUUAAUGUUGGAGGGGUGCCUGUGAGGGGGGUCACGGAAAUGGUUUACAGUAGGAGUGCAGUGGAGUCUGUCUCACCCAUAUUGCGGGAAGGGAAGGAGUAUAUGACAACCCUGCAGUGUUGCCCAGUGAUGGGCCUGGCAGGAGGCGUCCCCCUCAUUCCUUGCACUUGAAGUUCCCUCUAAAGGGUUAAAGCCACCAACUCCAGAUUCCUAGAGAGCUGUCUAGGAAGCGAAGAUGUGAACUGUCAAAGUCCUAGACAGUCAUUGACAAAGCUCCCAUAUACCCCUUUACCAUAGCGAACACAUUUCCAACUGAAAAAAACCACCGUGUUUGAGGUGGGCUGAGCAUCACCCCGGAUCUGGCGUGCUUCCUGUAAGGUGGACGAGUGGAACAAAGGCUCUACUUUGCUUUUUUUUUUUAGGUUAGAUCUGGCUUUUUUUUUUUUUACCUGUACCCUCUUAACAACUGGAGUUAACCCAGAGGAGUAAACUUGCAAUCCACCACGGAAGGAAUCCACACGCAACUAUGGCGAGCUGUUGCUCGGUACCCAACUGCAACAACCGCCGUUGGCGUGGCGCUCACGUCACGUUUCACAGGUUUCCUCUUACAAAAGAAGACCAGUUAAAAAAGUGGCUGGUAAACAUUGGGCGUCAGAACUUCGCUCCCUCUUACAAUGACGUGGUGUGUUCAGAACACUUUAGAAAAACAGAUUUUUGGGGCAAUGUGGCUUCUGGGCGACGGGACCUAAAACCUGGAGCAAUCCCGACUGUGUUUCGUCAACCGAGAAAGGGCACCAAAAAGGGGCUUGCUAAAAAGAGAUGGUGCCAUGUCUGGUCUAAGCCCCCUGAUCCUGAACCAAGAAGUCCAGUGGCGGUUGGUGAUAGUGAUGUAGAAGCAUCAUCCUCCAAGAGUGACAUUGUCAUACUGGAACAUUCCUACUCAGCACCAGUGAGCCCAGCCUCUUCCGCCUUGGAUCUUCGGGUGACAUCUAUAUGGGACAAAGGCACCGCAGACCCCGAGGCAAGAAAAAGCCCUCGCCUCCUCCAGGCUAGGAUUAGGAGGGAAUGCAGGGAAAGGACGGAGCAAAACGUCCCAGAGGAGCCCGUCGUCAACUCGGACGCCCAGCUCCAGCGUUUCCGCCAGUUCCGCUACGAGGAGACCAAGGGGCCCCGCGAGCUUUGCAACCGGCUCUGGGACCUCUGCCACCAGUGGCUGAAGCCAGGAAAACACACCAAGCUGCAGAUGCUUGAGCUGGUCAUCCUGGAGCAGUUUUUGGCCAUCCUGCCCCAGGAGAUGCAGGGCUACGUGAGGGAAGACAAGCCAACAAACUGUGAUGAGGCCGUGGUCCUAGCGGAGAAUUUCCUCCAGAGUCAGCAAGAGGCAGAGUGGGCAGCUGAUUUCUCUGAGGCAAAGAAGGCUCCCUCACGUGCUCGACGUAUGCCACAUACCAGGAGAAUUGCCAAGGAGGACAGAGAGGCCACAGCGCUGGAAGAUGGGACUGUGGGAGACAACCAGGCAGAGAGCAUCCACGAGGAAGUCCCUGCAUCAGUAGUAGUAGCAUCUCAGGAGAAAGUUUCCUCUGUGGCUGAGGCUGCUGAAACAGGUGACAUGUUGGGGAGCAACUAUGAGGGGGAGCUGCGUGAGGACCUGCCAGGCAGAGGUGAGGGUGAAGACAUGGAAGAGAAAGAAGUGACUGAGAAAGGGAACAAGGAAAUGACAGCAGGAAAUGUCCAAGCGCAGGAGAAUGAAGACAAAAGCUGUCAGCCAGAAGGACCUGAACAAGCGGACAGCAGUGGAGUGACACUAGAAGACACUGAAGGGAACAGUUGGCAGGGUCCGAACCUCACUGUACACGAGAGAUCUCAUCCAGGGGAGAAGCCUUAUGGAUGUUCCAAGUGUGGAAAAAGCUUCAGUUGUAAAUCGUUGCUUCUUGAACACAGAAGAUCUCAUCCAGGAGAUACACGAUAUGGAUGUUCCAUAUGUGAAAAAAGGUUCAAUAAGCGUGCGCGCCUCAUUGCACAUGAGAGGUCUCAUACGGGAGACAAGCCCUAUCAGUGCCCUGACUGUGGGAAAUCCUUUGGCCAGGAAGCGUCCCUUGUUACACAUCAGAGGACCCAUACCGGAGAGAAGCCAUAUGAAUGCCUUGAAUGUGGUAAAAGCUACCCAUGGAAAACGUCCCUUGCUGUACAUCAGAAAAUCCAUGCGGGAGAGACCUACACAUGUCCUGUCUGUGAGAAAAGUUUUAAUCAAAAGUCUUUACUGAGGAUACACAAGAGAAUUCAUACAGCUGAAAAGCUGUACAAAUGCGCUGAUUGUGACCAGAGCUUCACUCUUGAAAAAUACCUGAAUGCGCACAGGGUGAGGGCUCACACCCGAGAGAGACCACAUGCAUGUGUGCAUUGCGACAAAACCUUCAUUUUUAAAUAUUCUCUCAUUGAACAUCAGAGGAUGCACACAGAUGAGAGACCCUAUGAAUGCUCUGACUGUGGCAAGCGCUACAAUGGGAAAGCAGCCCUCGUUGUACACCAAAAUACCCAUGCUGGAGAGAAACCAUUUCUGUGCCCUGACUGCGGCAAGAGCUUCAAAACCAAAUGUGCCUUGACUGGGCAUGAGAAACGUCAUAAAGGAGAGAAGCCCCAUAAAUGCUCGCACUGCGACAAAAGCUUCUACUGGAAACAUCGCCUUAUUUUACAUGAGAGAAUCCACACCGGGGAGAGACCGUAUCAAUGCCCCGAGUGUGGGAAGAGUUUCCGGUACAGAAACAAUUUGACAAAGCACAAAAGGAACACACAUGAGACGAUUCAGACAGGAGACAGGACCUAUCAGUGCUCAAUCUGUGGCAAAAGCUUCCGCUGGCGACGGAGCUUUAUUUUGCACGAGAGAGCCCACACGGGGGAGAAGCCCUAUAAAUGCCCAGAAUGUGGGAAAAGCUUCAUGAGCCGAGUGUCCCUGAUAGUUCACAAGAGAGUCCACACAGGAGAGAGGCCCUAUCAGUGUGCUGAGUGUGGGAAGAAGUUCAUUAAUAAGCAGGCCCUUAGUAAACACAGUAUAGUCCAUACAGGAGAGAGAAGAUAUUUAUGUACUGUGUGCGCGAGGAGGUUCUCCAACAAAGGUAACCUAAUUCGACACAUGAAAAUCCACACAGGGGAGAAACCAUAUACCUGCCCCAUAUGUGGGAAAAGUUUUAUUCAGAAGGUAUGUCUUAUUGAACACCAGCCAACCCACAGCAAAGAGAAACCUUAUGUCUGCUCUGAGUGUGGGAAAAGGUUCAAGCGAAAAAGAGGCUUCCUUUUGCAUGCGAGAAUGCAUAGAGGGGAUAUACCACGUGAAAGCCCCAAGAAGAGUGUUAAUGGAGGAGAACCUCUCAAUAUGGACACAAAAACCCCUGCAAAAGAGAAAUCCCACCCAUGCUUGGAGUGCGGCAAAAGCUUCCAUUCCGAAUGUCAUCUCAUUAUGCACCAGAGAACCCACACAGGAGAGAAGCCUUAUCAGUGCUCAGAGUGUGGGAAAAGAUUCAGUCAACAAUCGUCCCUCAAUACGCACCAGAGAGUCCAUACAGGAGAGAAGCCGUCUUUGUGUACCGAGUGCGGGAAACGCUUUCAUAACAAAAGUAACCUGGCAAGGCACCAGAGAAUCCACACAGGGGAGAAACCGUUCGCAUGCCCUGAAUGUGGGAAAACCUUCAAUCAGAAAGCCUCCCUGGACGCGCACAAGGCCACCCACAGCAAAGAGAAUCCGUACUCAUGCUUGGAUUGUGGGAAAACAUUCAAAUUGAAGGUGUCCCUCCUUGUGCACCAGAGAACUCACACAGGGGAGAAACCCUACGAGUGCUCACAGUGCGGGAAAAGUUUUAUUAGGCGUUCCCAGCUUAGAAGGCAUGAAAGGACGCACAUGACACAGACAGAGUUGGUGAUUGAACCUGCUGAAGUUACAGAAUUUCCUGUGGAAACAAUAAGCACUGCUGUGAUAAGCGUAGAUGGUGAUUUAUAUCUUGUGCAAACUACUGCAUAGAUUUGGAUCGUCUCCACCAGGGAACUAAGCUUAGGUUCCACAAUCAAGAUGGUCAACCUGAAAAUGGAAUAUUCAUCAGAACAUUCAUCUUUAUUCAUAUGUGUGUUAUGUUUUUGUUAUACUGCUCUAUGGCCAAAAGCCCUCUGUGAGUGGUUCAUCGUUAAGUACAGGUUUGGUUUGUGGGUUUGUUUUUUUAAGCCCCAAAAUCGUUUAAAAAAUGCAAUAUAUAACAGUAUAUUGAUAAAUGCCAACAAGAAUGGGAGGAAAAUAGUGAAAAAUAUAAUUUAAAUAAAAGCUCUCUGGAAUGAAAUAGUUCUCGGCUGGUUGAUCUUAGCCAUCACAGUCUGUCAACCUUUACUAUCCUUGUGAAAGUUACUGUCAGGAUAAAAUAUUGGGGGCGGGCAGAGGGAUAUCCUCAGCAUCUUUAAAAGGGUAAGAUAUAAAUAUAAUAUAUAUAUAUAUAUACACACACACACACACACACCCCUGCAGAAAGCCAGUAGAAGGACACCUGAUGAACUUACUUGCAUAGAAGGUUCCAGAAAGAGAUCCCAUCUCAGUCUUAUGGCAGCCCACUGCAUCUCAUACUGCAGAACCUCUUUGCCCUGGUUGUGUAACUACACCAGAGAGAAUUAUCUUGGCAUAUCUCACCUUUUUAUAAGCUCUAUUCCUUACACAAUGAGGGAGGAAAGGUGGGAAGAGUUGGCUAGCUCUGCCCCUUCAGUUGUGUUCCUUCUCCACUGUGGAGGCUGCCUGCAUGAUGUAGGCCCCAUCUGCACUAAACACAGAAAACGUUAUUAUACUACUUUAAACAGCCAUGGCUUCCCCCAAAGAACCCUGGGACUGUAGUUUGUUAAGGGUGCUGCUAGUUGUUAGGAAAUCCCUUAUUUCUCCUCACAGAGCUGCAAUUCCCAGAGUUUCCUGGAAAAAGGGAUUGAUUGUUAAACUGCUCUGAGAAAUGUAGCUCUGUGUGGGGAAUAGGGGUCUCCUAACAGCUCUCAGCACCCUUAACUCUACAGUUCCCAGGAUUCCGUGCAGGGGAAGCCAUGACUGUUAAAGUGGCAUAAGAAUUCUUUAAAUGUGUAGUGCAUAUGCAGUCUUCGAUUGAGUUCGGCAGACAUUUCUGCUGCAAGUGUUCACCCCCAACACCUGGAGGGCCGCAGGGCUCAGGACUGAGGUGCCGGGGGUGCAGCAGAGGGGUGUGUGGCUUGCCAGCACAUUCUCCCUUAGGUGAUGUUAAUCGCAUGGGGGGAUUUAAAGCCCAAAGAGGGCUCUCGUUUAACUGGAAACCAUUUAAUCAGUUUAUAUGCAGCUACUAGUUGCUCCACCUCCCCUGCUCAAUUCCAGUUUGAACCACUUCUAGCAGCAAAUUUGCCAGCCCUUGUUUGAUUUGACUUAAAAAAAACUGCUUUGUAGUCAUGUUCUUUAAACAUAGACACUGCUCCAAAUGCUUGUAACUAUUUUUGUAUAUUGGUAAGAGAUUAUUUUGGAUCGCUGACUAAAUAAAGUUACACUAUCUGCACAA